UUCUCGAAACUCCGUCUUCUUUAAUUCUCCUCACUUCAGAAUGAGGCAGUUCGGCCAAGCCAAGCUUCCUGCUUCUUACAUCUCCAGAUCAAGUUAUGUCAUUCAAGAUCGACAAGUAAAAGUUUCGAAGAAGCCGGUCACUCUGUCCGAGUUCUUAAACAGAAAGCUAGGAAAAACCAGAGGAAAAUUAUUACAGGAGAAGCAGAUUUCUAUUGGAUCACUUGGAUCUGAUAGGAAGGAGGUCGAUGGUAAACGGAAUGAAGAUGGAAGCAGAUUAAUGGCCGAUGAUGCAUUCUUCCGACAGUUUAAUAGGGCGUUAAAGGAGAAGGAUAGUUUCGGUAGUGAUGAGAAUGAGCAGAAGGGUUCAAGGAAAAGGAAAACACCGGUUGAGUUUUCUUCAGGGGAUACUGAUGGCCACCAAAAGCACUUAGUUGUUCUUGGAGAUGAUCCGAAGCCAAGGCCAAGGAUUCAACAAAAGCUUAUGGAUCAGAGUGGAAAAACAAUAUAUAAUCAUUAUGCCAGCGGCUGGGGAUGGUGGGAUGGUGACAAAGAAGGAAUUGACAGUGAGGAGGUGGGCUACAAUGAGGUAUGGGAGGGUGUGGGGAGCACUACACUUGGAGGUUUGGAGUGGCAUUGAUGAGAUUCAUGGGGGACUUUAUGUUAAAGGUCAGAACUUUUUUUCCUGCACAAUCUAACUUGUUGGACGCUUGUUAAGGGAUGUUAAUUUGCAUUAAUGGGAUCUGUUUGAAUUUGACAUGAAUUUGACAUGAAUUUGACA